CUGGAAUGUUCUCACUUCUCAUUGCAUCGGGAGAGAGGGUGUGGAAUUGAAUUUCCUAAGCCAAGUAUAAUUGGUAUCACCCAAUCUCACACACAACGAUUCAACCUCUGCGUCUCCGAUCCGAAUCGGGAACACGGGUAAGCUAUCCAAGACUAGCUGACCGUGGAAAAGUGAACCAAAGCGCUUCCAAUUGUAAUGCAUAUAGUUGAUUCUCUGUAUCAAGCAUUGCGUACGUCAAAUUGCAUUCUUCUAACAGGCUUGGUGAUGGAACAAAGAUUUUAAUUGAUUAAAAGCGAAGUGAUUUGGAUUGUUCUGUAAUCUAUGGGGACUGAAAAUCCAGGUCGUCCAAGCUUCCCUGCUAGGCCUGCUUCCUCACCUUUUGCUGCUGCACAGAGUAUGACACCGUUUUCAUCAACCGGUCCCGUGGCUGGAUCAGAGCCUCCUUCUUUUCGACCUACUCCUCCCCAGAUGCCCUCGCCAUUUUCAUCGUCUGGGCCUGCUGUUAGACCAUGGGCACCCAGUUUUAGACCUACACCACCGGGCGGGUUCAAUGACCCGUCAGUGCCUCCUCCUCCUCCUCCCCCUUCAUCCAAUAUGUCACCAGCUGCUGGACCUUUCCAGCAUUUUCCAGCACCUAUGGGACAACCAUCAAUUCAACCACCUCUUGCGCGUGGUCCACCCAUGGGACAACCAUCAAUUCAUCCUUCUGCUGGGCAAGCACCAUCUUUUCCCGCAUCCCAUCCACCUCAGCCACAGACCCCUUUUGUUCCAAUGGGGUCUCCCCCACUGAGUUCCACUCCUGCGCCUUUGGGUUCAAAUGUUCCUCCUCCAGCAUUUCAGCCAUCUUUUCCUGGAUACAUCCAUAAGCAGCCUGGUACUGAGAUGCAAGCUCCGUCUAUGCAUUCCGCUAUCCCUGCUAAUCAAGGAAAUUAUGGACCUGUCCAGCCUGCAGCUUCUUCUCCUUUUUUACCUCAUCAAGGAGGCUAUGGUCCAUCACCCCCAGUGGCUACUCCACUAGGUAUCCAACAAAUGCAGCAGCCGGGAUCUGCACCCCCUAUUGGUGCCAUUCAGGGCUUGGCAGAAGACUUCAGUUCGCUCACAAUGCAAACUCGUCCUGGAACGAUGGAUCCUUUAUUUGAUGCUAAAGAACUUCCAAGGCCUUUGGAUGGUGAUGUGGAGCCAAAGAAUUUGGCUGAGAUAUAUCCCAUGAACUGCAAUCCUAGAUAUCUAAGACUCACAACCGGUGCAGUUCCUAGCUCCCAGUCCAUAGCUUCUAGAUGGCAUCUGCCUCUUGGAGCAGUUGUAUGUCCGCUUGCGGAAGCUCCUGAUGGGGAAGAGGUGCCUAUAGUUAGUUUUGCUCCAGCUAGUGUUGUACGCUGUAGAAGAUGUCGCACAUACGUGAAUCCUUAUAUGACAUUUACAGAAGCUGGGAGAAAGUUUCGCUGCAAUGUCUGCACCUUGCUUAAUGAUGUUCCAAGUGAAUAUUAUGCACAACUAGAUGCUACUGGCAGAAGAGUUGAUUUGAAUCAACGACCAGAGCUUACAAAAGGUACUGUAGAAUUUGUUGCCCCUGCUGAGUAUAUGGUGCGGCCUCCUAUGCCCCCAGUAUAUUUCUUCCUCAUCGAUGUCUCCAUAUCUGCAGUUAGAAGUGGCAUGAUUGAGGUUGUGGCCCAAACAAUCAAGUCAUGCUUAGAUGAGCUGCCUGGCUUUCCACGAACACAAAUAGGGUUUGCAACUUUUGACAGCACGAUACAUUUUUAUAAUAUGAAGUCAUCCUUGACUCAACCACAGAUGUUGGUAGUCUCAGAUCUGGAUGACAUAUUUGUUCCGCUGCCAGAUGAUCUUCUUGUUAACUUGUCUGAAUCAAGAAGUGUGGUGGAAACCUUCCUAGAUAGUUUGCCUACCAUGUUCCAUGACAAUGUUAAUCUGGAAUCAGCUUUUGGUCCUGCUCUUAAGGCUGCAUUUAUGGUUAUGAGUCAACUCGGAGGGAAAUUGUUAAUUUUUCAGAACACACUCCCAUCCCUUGGUGUUGGCCGCUUGAAGUUACGUGGAGAUGAUUCUCGUGUUUAUGGGACAGAUAAAGAACAUGGGUUGAGAUUGCCCGAAGAUCCAUUUUAUAAGCAAAUGGCUGCUGAGUUUUCUAAGUACCAGAUCUCAGCAAAUGUGUAUGCAUUCAGUGAUAAGUACACUGACAUAGCCUCCUUAGGAACUCUGGCGAAGUAUACUGCUGGUCAAGUGUGUUACUAUCCAGCUUUCCAAUCAGCCAUUCAUGGGGAGAAAUUGAGACAUGAGUUAAGGAGAGACCUUACUAGAGAAACUGCAUGGGAAGCUGUAAUGCGCAUUAGAUGUGCAAAAGGUGUUCGCUUCACAACUUAUCAUGGAAACUUCAUGCUAAGGUCGACUGAUUUGUUAGCACUUCCAGCUGUAGAUUGUGAUAAAGCCUUCGCCAUGCAGUUAUCACUUGAAGAGACAUUAUUGACAACUCAGACAAUGUAUUUCCAAGUUGCAUUGCUAUAUACUGCAUCUUGUGGAGAAAGGCGUAUCAGAGUACACACAAUGGCGGUUCCAGUAGUUACAGACUUGGGAGAGAUCUAUCGCCUGGCUGAUACCGGUGCAAUUGUAUCUCUGCUUAGUAGGCUAGCAAUUGAGAAAACAUCGUCCCAAAAACUGGAAGAUGCACGGAGUGCUUUGCAACUAAGAAUUGUAAAGGCCCUUAGGGAAUAUCGAAAUCUUUAUGCUGUGCAACAUCGCUUGGCGAACAGAAUGAUAUAUCCUGAGUCUUUAAAGUUCCUACCUUUGUAUGGAUUAACUCUUUGUAGAUCAGCGGCACUCCGUGGAGGGUAUGGUGAUGUCCCACUGGAUGAACGAUGUGCAGCAGGACACACAAUAAUGACUCUACCAAUAAAAAGACUGUUGAAACUCCUCUAUCCUAGCUUGAUUCGACUUGAUGAAUAUCUUCUGAAGGCUGAUGACUUGAAAAGUAUUCAGAGAAGGUUACCUUUGACCAGGGAGAGCUUAGACUCUAGAGGCCUUUAUAUAUAUGAUGAUGGCUUCCGGCUCAUUAUAUGGUUUGGUACGGUGAUUUCACCUGAUAUAGCCAAGAAUUUACUUGGGGCAGACUUUGCGGCAGAAUUAUCAAAGGUUACUCUCAAUGAGCAUGAUAAUGAAAUGUCUAGGAGGCUUAUAAGGGUACUUGAGAAAUUGAGAAAUACAGAUCGUGCAUAUUACCAGUUGUGCCACCUUGUGAGGCAAGGUGAACAGCCCAGAGAAGGAUUCCUUCUUAUUGCAAACCUUGUUGAGGACCAGAUAGGUGGUAACAGUGGGUAUGCUGAUUGGAUGCUACAGAUAUCCCGACUAGUGCAGCAAUCAUAAUAUUAUAGCUUCCCUGGCUAAAUAAGCAGGAUUUUUGUUAGGGUUGUUAUCUGUCUCAUAAGUGAGGACCAUUUUAUUCUACAUUGGAAUAUUGAAUCUAGCCGUUGGGAUGCAUGGGGAAGCGUGGAUUCUUGACUUGGCCAAAUGGUCGCUGACUCGUGAGAUGGAUGCUUUCGGGAAGACUGUUGGUUCAUCCUGGGAUGUAUCAAUUAGGCAAACUCUACCAUAGUGAUUGAAUUCAAAAGUGCUUUCAUGUCUUUGAUAUAGAGGGAAAAAAGAGAAAUACAUUAUUUUUCCUUGUGAGAAGUUGCCAUUUUAUGUCUUAUAUUUCCUUCUUGUCAUCUUAUGGUUGAUUCAUUCAUUGUAGAAAAAGAAAGUAGACAGAGAAAUGGCAUGUCAAAGCAGUCUACGGAAUCUCGAAUUUUGUUUUGUGGCAAUUAUUAUUUAUUCUGAUA